AUGUAUAAAAUCCUGCAACCUUUGGAGGAUAGAUACAUGAAGGAUCAACGUUGGCAUAUUAAUGCACCCAACUCAAAUAAACUAGUGUUAGGAUGGAUACGUGCGUGUUUGUUGAUGCUCAUGAUUUGCGAAUCACCCGAACUUUCUUUGUGUGCAAGUGUGUCAGGAUCCAAAGUUGAACACGAAGGAUUUUGUCCCAACAAGCUGAAUUCCAAUCUCUGGGUUGAUGCGCAAAGCACCUGCGAGAGAGAAUGCUACGUCGACGAAGACUGCGCUGAAUUUGAGAAAUGUUGCACCAACGUGUGUGGUCUCAACAGCUGUGUGGCUGCACGUUUCUCUGAUGGCACCAAUGCCCAGCCAGAUGGAGGAGGAACUGAUGCCCCCACCUCCACAGCUACCUGUGAGGGCUUCAUCUGCAGCCAGCAGGGAGCGACCUGUGGCAUCUGGGUUGGACAGCCCAUCUGCAAGUGCCAGGACCGGUGUGAGAAGGAGCCCAGCUUCACCUGCGCUUCAGAUGGCCUCACCUACUUCAAUCACUGCUACAUGGAUGCUGAGGCCUGCGUCCGUGGUGUGACUCUAACCGUGGUCACCUGCCGCUUUUACCUGGCCGGGCCCCACACCAGUCCACUGCCUCAGGACUCUACGGCCAACCCCACCCCGACCUCCCAGGAGGACCCCAUGCCCCCCACUCUGUACUCCAACCCUCACCACCAGGCCAUCUACGUCGGAGGCACGGUCAACUUCCACUGUGACGUUAUCGGAGCCCCCAAACCUGAUGUGACAUGGGAGAAACAGAGUGAACGGCGUGAGCAGCUGGUCAUGAGGCCCGACCAGAUGUAUGGCAACGUGGUGAUCACCAACAUCGGUCAGCUUGUCAUCUACAACGCGCAGGUGUGGGAUACGGGUAUCUACACCUGCAUCGCUCGGAAUCCUGCGGGAGUUCUUCGUGCAGACUACCCGUUGUCCGUCAUCCGCCGGGCUGACGAUGACUUCGCUGAAGAUCCUGAGAUGCCCAUGGGGCGGCCGUUCUCACCAGCAGACUGCCUGGCUGAAGUAGACUUGAGAGUGUGCAGCAGUGAGCGUCACAUGGACUGGUUUUACGACAGCAAGCUGGGCUCCUGCAUAGCCUUCAGCAAUGGCGGAUGCGACGACAGCCGCAAUCGAUUUGAGAGUUACGAGGAGUGCAAGGCCUCCUGUCAGAGAGAGGGGAUGGGCAUCUGCUCCCUGCCUGCUGUCCAGGGCCCCUGCGAAACUUGGGAGCCACGUUGGGCCUGGAAUGCCCUCUUGAAACAUUGCCAGGCCUUUGCCUAUGGCGGCUGCCAUGGGAAUGCCAACAGCUUCAACACCAAGAAGGAGUGUGAGGCAAACUGCCCACAGCCCAAAAGGAAACCUUGCAAGACCUGUCGGGUGAAGGGGAGAAUGGUGCCCAGCUUAUGCCAGAGUGACUUUGCUAUUGUGGGGCGGCUGACGGAGCUGGUGGAGGAUCUCGACUCUGGGUUAGCUCGCUUUAGCUUGGAGGAAGUCCUGAGAGAUGAAAAGAUGGGAUUGACUUUCUUUAAUACCAAGCACCUCGAGGUGACUAUCGCCAAGAUAGACUGGAGCUGUCCCUGUCCCAACAUCACCAUGGAGCAGAACCCUUUGCUGGUGAUGGGUGUAGUGCAGGACGGCAUAGCCAUCAUCCAAUCAGACAGCUACGUCAGAGCCAUAACUGAACGCAGACUCAGGAAGCUACGUGAGGUUCUGAAUAAAAAGACCUGUGAGGUAUUGUAGAAGUCCAGAGAGUCAGACUGGUCUGUGGUCACCUUUUACCUUUAGCACUGAACAUGAGCAUCAACUAGAAACGUUGAUAUUUAAUUAUAAGUCUUGAAAUCAAGACAUAAAUGUUAAAUACUAUAUGUUAAAGGAAUACUUUACCUACAAAAUGACCAUUUGUAUGUCAGUUACUCACCCCGUGUUGCCUUGAAGUCUUGAAGAUAACUUUAUUUUCUUGCAUGUGAUGAACGAAAACUCAAGAAACUUCUUGAUGAACUGAAGUAAAAGGGAGCUGCGUUUAACAACCACAAAACCAAACUAAAACAUCUGUUUACAAACUACCUCACAAGUCGUGCAGUAUAAUCCAAGUCUCAUUUAUCCGUGAUUGAACUCUUGUCUAUG